AUGGAUUCAACUUCAAGUGGUCAACAAACUGGUUCAAUUGAAAAUUCACUUCAGUCAUCAGUGAGACAGAAGACUGAUAUGGCUUGGGAUUAUUUUAGAGAAAAUGUAGCUGAAGAUGGGAAAAAAAGCUGGACAUGCCUUCUCUGUUCAGGCACUUGGAGAGGUGGUGGGAUUACUAGAAUGAAAAGGCACUUGGCUGGCAUAAAAGGUGAUAUUGCUCCUUGUAAGUCUGUGCCAUAUGAUAUACGCUACAAGGUGGAGCAAUCUUUAAAAGAGACUACUGCAAGAUCACUUGAUGCUCGUAGUUUCUUCGAUGAUCAUUCAGUUGAUAUGGGUGAACAAAAUCAUCCUGAAAAGGACCAAGCACUUCCAAUUGCAGCAUCUACUCAAAGAGGAAAGAGAAAACGAAAUGAAGCAUCGUCUCAGUAUUUUGCUCCGAGAACGACUCCAGGUUCACAAGUUUCUAUCAAAAGCGCAUUUGUAAGUAAAGAAGCUUUACAUAAUGCUGACAUGGCCAUUGCUAGAUUUUGCUAUGCUACCUGCAUUCCGAUAAAUGCUGCGAAUUCUCCUUAUUUUCAAAAAAUGAUUGAUGCCAUGACUUCCAUUGGUCCUGAUUUGGAUAAAGUCACUAAUGACGUGGAAGAAUUACCUGAUGUUGAAGUUGAGCUUUUGGAAAAAGGAGAUAAUGGUGAUUUUGAGUUUGAAUUUGAAGGAAGAAAUGGUGGAAUGCAUAACUUGCAUGAUGACUAA